AUGCGCGAUCUCUGCCUGUCAGGCCUGGCGGCACAAAAGCGCCCGCGGGGGGCCGGGGUGCGAGAAUGGCGGGUCGGCGCGUGCCAAGGAGCAGCCCAUCCGUACCAAUAUCAGCCGCAUGCCAAUCUCGCCAGUCCUUCCCCGAGCAUUCCACAUCAGUUGACUCCAUUUACGACCAACUCCCCUCAGCUUACGUUCGGUACAACCGACCAGUUCACGGCUUAUGCCGGGUCUCCCGCCUACUUCGAGAAUGACCCGCCUGCAUCCUUUUCGGAUGGGACUGCUGCAGUCGCGGGACCAUCUACUUGGGCGUUGCAUCCGAGUGACCAACAGGUACCCAACGGGUUUACUUCUAUCUCUGCAAAUGAUGUCGAUAUGUCCGCGGAGAUGGACGGACUUGGAGAUGAUGCUGAUGCGGACGGUGCUGGUCCAGAUUUUGGUGAUGAUGCGGACCACGAGUUAGAUGCUGCUCUCGCUGUCGGAAAAAUCAGAAAAGCAUGA